AUGAUGUAUAGACCGUCUUUCAAUAUUUUAGUUCCGAUCAUUCCCGAUUAUCUUUAUCGAAUUGAACAUCCUGCUCAUAAUUGUUCAUUAAAAUUCAAUAAAAUGACAUCAAGCGAUCGAGAAUGCCACCUCAUCUUUCGGGAAAAUGCUACAAUUCCAUUUUUUCAUCGACACCAAACGGUUAAAGAAGCAGCGUCGGUAGAACACGAUCUUGUACAGGAAAAUGGCCGAAUCGGUUUACUGUUUGCUUCUAAAUCUUUCGUUCAACUAUUUACAAACCCUUUGGUAGGCCUUUUAACUGCUCGUUUUGGAUACACUCCACCAUUACUUUUUGGCUUUGUUGUAAUGUUCGGUUCUACUUGUGGUUUUGCCUUCGCUCACACGUAUACCACGUUAUUUUUAUGUCGAGCACUACAAGGACUCGGUUCCGCCUUCACUGCAGUGGCAGGUUUCGGUUUUUUGGCGAGCCAGUAUCAUAACGAUGAAGAACGAGGUAUUGUAAUCAGUCAUGUAACGAGCGGUGUUGCGAUUGGAGCUGCAUUGGGUCCAUUUUUGGGUGGUGUACUAUACUAUAAUUAUGGAAAGACUACCAUGUUUCUUCUUUUGGCCUUUAUAGCUUUGAUUGACGGAUUACUUCGUCUAAGCAUGAUGUGCGGCUCUAAUUCAAUGUCAGAAGGCAAGAGCGUUGAAUAUGGAGGCGGUAAAACAAACGUGUCUAUUCCUACAUUGCUUUGUGAUCCAUAUAUCUGGUUAAUGAUGGGAUGUAUUCUGUUAAGCUUGAGUAGUGGAGCAAUUCUUGAAACAAUUCUUCCUAUUCAUAUGAUGAUUGAAUGGAUGUCACCAUCUUGGUUGCAAGGUGCGGUUUUCCUUCCCUUUGCUAUCGCUAUGUUUCUCAGUCAAAACAUUUUUGGACGGUUAAGCUUUCGGAUGGGUCGAUGGCUUUGUAGUUUAUUAGGUAUGCAGGUUAUAGCAGUUGGCUUCAUUAGUAUUACGCAAGCACAAGUAGUCAGUAUUCUGAUCAUAUCAGUAUCUCUAGUUGGAAUAGGUAUUGGUAUGAUCAGUUCAUCAAUGGUGGCAGGACUCAUUCAAAUAGUUGACGUUCGAUAUGCAUCCGGGUUUGGGAAUAUUUUCUCUCUGUUCGAUAUGGCACUCUGUCUUUGCUUCAUUCUCGGUCCGAUUAUCUCAGGAUAUGCGCAUCGCCUAAUUGGUUUUGACUGGUUACUCUACCUUGUGGCUGCUCUAAAUAUCAUGUAUGCACCUUUACUUUUACUCAUACGAAAAGUUCCAACUAAAAUCGAACAAACGUCAAAUGAACAGCAAAAGUGGUCAGAAUCAGCAUUUUCACCAUGUUCCUUCAUUAAAAAAAAUCAGCGUUUCAAAAAGCUUACUUACAGAGAUGGAUAUUUCGUAGAAAGCGCUACAAAUUCUUAUAUGCAUCUUUCUUCUAUAUUGGUUACUUUUGAAUAG